CACAGGGCCCGCGGAGGGAGGGGUCCUGGCCUGGGCACGGAUCCCGAAAAGGCCCCGGGGCCGCGGCUGGAUGGAGUCGGGCUGCAUUCACACAGCAAUGGCUAUGGGUCUGACAUCGAAAAAGGCGUCUACUCGGAGCGUCGGUGUGGAGCGAAAAAACCUCAUCACGGUUUGCAGAUUCUCUGUAAAGACUCUCCUAGAAAAGUACACAGCAGAGCCCAUAGAUGACUCAUCCGAGGAGUUUAUUAACUUUGCUGCCAUUUUAGAGCACAUCCUCAGCCACCGCUUCAAAGGUAACACUGCAGGUUCAGGAAGCUGGUUCAGCUCAGAUGGACAGCGCAGUUUCUGGGAGUAUAUCCGGCUGGCGUGCAGCAAGGUGCAGAACAACUGCAUCGCCAGCAUCGAAAACAUAGAGAACAUCAGCACAUCUCGAGCCAAGGGGCGUGCAUGGAUUCGAGUGGCGCUGAUGGAGAAACGUCUGUCUGAAUAUGUGUCCACUGCUCUGAGGGACACAAGAACAACCAGGAGGUUCUAUGAUGAUGGAGCCAUUAUGCUGAGAGAGGAGGCUCAGGUCCUGACCGGCAUGCUGAUCGGACUGAGUGCUAUUGACUUCAGUUUUUGCUUGAAGGGAGAGACGCUGGAUGGGAAAUCCCCAGCUGUGGUCGACUACACGCCGUACCUGAAGUUCACCCAGAGCUACGACUACCUGAGCGAUGAGGAGGACCGCCGCAGCGUGGACAGCAGCAACAGUGAGGAGAGCGUCCCCGAGCAUCCCUACAUCCCUCUGGUGACAGACGAGGAGAGCUGGAGCAAUAAGUGUCGCAAGAUGGAGCAGAGGUUUAAGAUCGUCUAUGCCCAGAAGGGGUACCUGGAGGAGCUGGUGCGCCUGCGGGAGUCGCAGCUGAAGAACGUGGAGACGGAGAACAAGCGGCUGAGAGCCAAGGUGGAGGAGCUGAUGGUCCAGAACCAGCAGGAGAAGAAGGAGCUGGAGGCGGUGGUGCUGGAGCUGCAGGCACAACUCUCUGCCCUCAUGCCCUGUGAUUCCUCCCACCUGGCUAAAGAUCUUUCUAUCCCGCUGGUCAAACAGUGGUCCACCAUCACAAACAACCAGGGUGACGUCAAGCUUUUCCGCAGAAGGAGUUUCCACAGUUUGGAGCAACUUUCUGCUGAAGUCAGUCUGAACUCAGACUCCCAGAGGGCUGAUGGGAGACAGAACGGAGACGCUGCUUGGACUUCAGCAGGAAAAGACAACACUCCCUCCAUGCUGGGUCUGUGCGGCUCUCUGGCCUCUCUACCGAGCUCCAAGUCGCUGGCCAGCCUCAAGUCCAGCGAGUGUUUGGUCAACAUCAGCACUGAACCCAGCCCUGCGCUCACUCCCAGCUAGGAGCUCCAGACCAACAGAGAUCUAACCCCCCCAGCCCGUCUGCCUGGUGAUGCUGCGUUGACCAUAAAAAACCCGACCAAAACCCCGCUCCCACCGAGACCAUCGACAGAUGGAGAAAACAGGAAAGUCAUGACACCAUCUCUGGAUUUUUGUACACAUAAGAGUCAUCAUGAAGCUGAAAGGAUCCAUCCCCUUUGGUUGUCCUUGCCUUAUCCGCUCGACUUCUCUCGCAUUGUCCCACAAACACUUUGUACUAUCUGUGAAUCCAUCCAACAUCAUGCCAAUCCUCUGCAAACACCUUUUUUCCCAUAGCAUUCCAUCUUGCUCCUUAUUUAUCAGUAUUCUUCCCCAUGGCAUCAUCCUCUGUGUGUUUGUGUGCCUGUUUUAUUGUCAAAAUGUAACCAAAACAACACUUGCAGCUCUUUGGAUGCAGCCACUUUGCAAAGAGAGAUGUGACGAUCCUUUUAAGAGAUUCAGAUUAUCUGUAGGAAGUAGAGGAUGUGUUUUCAGACACUGAUGUACAGAGAAGUAUGUUUUCGGUGUGACUGAAUUGUAUCUGGGGUCGGCCGCCCCUGAACGCGCAUAUCAUUCCUGCUUGAGUAAUCAAACACUGUUCAAAUCUGUGCAGCUAUUUAUCUAAGAAAUCUUAAGUUACCACAUCCAUUAAUUUAUCUGAUUUUAUCCAAUACAGCA